CACGUCGCUGGGUGUUGCAGGCCCUGCAGCGGCGGAGCCUUCCCGGGCCGGAGCGGCGGCCGCGGGAGCCGGGGCGGUGCGGGAGCCGGGGCUGUGCGGGGAAAGAGCGGCGGUGCGGGAAAGGAACGGAAACACUGCCGGGCGGAACUAAAGGGCACGGGGUUCCGGCCCGGCCCCGAUUCCCGGCAGACCCCGCGGUGCUCCCUCUCUUCCGGUCCGGCGGCGGCGGUGCGACCAUGGCCAAGUCCAAGAACCACACCACGCACAACCAGUCCCGUAAGUGGCACAGAAAUGGCAUCAAGAAGCCCAAAACCCAUAGAUACGAGUCUCUCAAAGGGGUUGAUCCCAAGUUUCUGAGGAACAUGAGAUUUGCAAAGAAACACAACAAGAAGGGGCUGAAGAAGAUGCAGGCAAACAAUGCCAAGCAGGCAGCUCAGCAGGCUGCUCAGCAGAAAAAGGACUGAUGUGCUUUAAUAAAAAGACACAGUUUUCUUACUGG